AUGAAUAAUAAAAGAUCAAAUGAUGUUAGUAUCAUUCCUAAAUCAGAUAUUCGUCAAUUGAUUAGAGUCACAAAGCCACAAGCUCAACGGACUAUUGAUCAUCCUCAUGUGAGAUAUAAUCAACUCGGUCGGAUAUCAUGCAUUUUAUGUGGUGUGCAAAUCAAAUCAGAAUUUGCUUGGACUGCACAUAUACUCAGCAAGUCGCAUAAACAAAACGAACUACGUGGAAUCCAAUUGCCCAUUAAACGUCCUACUACAGGAGCCAAAGCAAUUGACGAGGUAACCUGUAAAUCGGCGAAAAUUGAAAACGAAGUUAAGUCAGACGAGAAAGAUUCGGAUGCUAACCAACACAACAACUUACCAACGUUAAUUCCCAGUGAAAAAAUAUGUGAAAAAAAUCCUGCAGAGAAAAAAGUAGAAUCGCAAUCUCAACUCCCAGAAGGUUUUUUUGAUGACCGAUAUAAGGAUGCAAAAGUUCGAUGUGUUCCAUAUAAGGAUAAAAUGGCAGAAGAGUUGGAACUUUUUCAAAAAGAAAUGAUUGCUCUGGAAAAGCACUCAGAAGAAAUCAUGGAAAAAGAAAGUGAAGCAUCAGUAUCUGAACGAAAUUUGGCUGAAAUAAAUGAACAAAUAAUGAAAUGGGAAAAAAUCAAGCAAUUAGAAAAUGAAAAAGAUUUAUACGAAAUGCGAUUAAAGAAAAAACUAACAGACAAUAUAAAUCAAUUUAAAAAACUCGAAAACCAUAUAGACAUCAAGAUAAAAAAGGAACAAUGCUACACAGAAGACGAUGGUGACGGUGAUUAUAAUAAUAAUAAUCAUGGUGGUGAUGAUGAUGAGGAUGAUAAUGAUGAUGAUGAUGAUGAAGACAAUAUCUCCGAUGAAUUAAAUAAUUUCCGAACAAAAAAUACAAUUUAA